GGAAUUGAAGUGCAGCCGACGUUUAGUGACUAAUACGUGACAGAGUGUCAUAGACUGUAACGUAAACAAUAAAAUACUAAUCAAAGAAUUAGUAUUUCGCGACUGUCAUAUGUCAGUGUCAUUUGUUUUUCUGCAAACAAGAUGCAUCGUGCGAGAUCAGUAUUAAUAAAUCUGUUACCUCUCACACCACUAAUUCCACGGGCUGCAGGACCUGAAAGAUAUGCAGCGUGGCUGUUGCGUUCAGGAAGUGCUACAAGCUCACUGUCAGUUACCAGCAUCCGAAAUUACAGUGCAUCUGUUGCACCAGAACCAUUUCUCAAUGGAACUUCAUCAGUAUAUGUGGAAGAAAUGUACAAUGCUUGGUUAACUGACCCUAAAAGUGUUCAUGUGUCAUGGGAUACAUUUUUCCGAAGCACCUCAGCAGGUGCUGCACCAGGUGAAGCAUACCAUCCUCCACCUUCACUAGCACCUCUAGCCAAGAACCAGGUUCCUAUAAUGAGCCUCGCUCCUUAUUUAGGAGCAUCAGUACCCGCUCUUGAUGGACAACUCAAUGAAAAGAUAAUUGAUGACCACUUGGCUGUACAGGCAAUCAUCCGUUCAUACCAGAUUCGAGGUCAUCACAUCGCCAAGCUGGAUCCCCUGGAAAUCUCAAGUGCAGACCUGGAUGACAAAACUCCUCCAGAAUUGCUGUACAGCCACUACAGCUUUGAGGAGGCUGACAUGGACCGCAUUUUCAAGUUGCCAGCAACUACAUUCAUAGGUGGCAAGGAGAAAGCUCUUCCUUUGCGGGAAAUUCUGAGAAGACUUGAAAACACUUACUGCCACCACAUAGGUGUGGAAUUCAUGUUCAUAAAUUCCUUGGAGCAGUGCAACUGGAUACGUCAAAAAUUGGAAACACCUGGAGUGAUGGAAAUAACAAAUGAUGAAAAGAGGCUUAUACUUGCAAGACUGACACGAGCAACUGGACUUGAAGCAUUUCUGGCAAGAAAGUGGUCAAGUGAAAAACGAUUUGGUUUGGAGGGUUGUGAAAUCUUGGUACCAGCCAUGAAGCAGAUUAUUGAUCACUCAACAGAGUAUGGUAUAGAAUCUGUUGUAAUGGGCAUGUCUCACAGAGGUCGUCUGAAUGUUUUGGCCAAUGUUUGUCGGAAGCCACUGGAACAUAUUUUUACCCAGUUUGCUGCUCUGGAAUCUGAAGAUGACGGGUCAGGUGAUGUCAAAUAUCAUUUGGGUACUUACAUUGAACGUUUGAACCGUGUGACUAACAAAAAUAUGCGACUAGCUGUGGUAGCCAAUCCAUCCCAUCUUGAGGCUGUGGAUCCUGUUGUUCAGGGGAAGACUCGUGCUGAACAGUUCUACCGUGGUGAUGGAGAAGGAAAGAAGGUUAUGUCCAUACUGUUACAUGGCGAUGCUGCAUUCUGUGGUCAAGGCAUAGUGUAUGAGACUUUCCACUUGUCUGAUUUGCCUGAUUACACAACACAUGGUACCAUUCAUAUUGUACUCAACAAUCAGAUUGGUUUCACCACUGACCCAAGGCAUUCACGCUCAUCCCCAUACUGCACUGAUGUUGCCAAAGUGGUGAAUGCACCUAUCUUCCAUGUCAACUCGGAUGACCCUGAAGCUGUCAUACAUGUGUCUAAAAUUGCUGCAGAGUGGAGAGCAACAUUCCACAAAGAUGUUGUUAUUGAUAUUGUGUGCUACCGACGUAAUGGUCACAAUGAAGCUGAUGAACCAAUGUUCACUCAACCUCUAAUGUACCAGAAGAUCAAGAAAACAAAACCAGUGUUGGAUAAAUAUGCAAAUAAACUAAUAAAUGAAGGUGUUGUUACAGCAGAAGAGGUCAAGGAUGUUCAUGACAAGUAUGAAAAAAUAUGUGAGGAAGCAUUGGAAAAUGCAAGAAAGGAGACUCACAUCAAGUUUAAGGACUGGCUUGAUUCUCCAUGGUCUGGGUUCUUUGAGGGCAAAGAUCCAAUGAGAGUAUCUCCUACAGGUGUCAAAGAAGACACACUCAUUCACAUUGGCAAGAAAAUGUCAUCUCCACCACCAAAUGCUGCAGAAUUUGAAAUUCAUCCAGGUUUAGAACGCAUAUUGAGAGCACGAAUGGAAAUGGUAAAGGCGAGAAAAGCUGAUUGGGCUCUUGGUGAAGCAAUGGCUUUUGGUUCUCUGUUGAAGGAAGGAAUCCACGUCCGCCUAAGUGGACAAGAUGUAGAGAGGGGCACAUUCAGUCACAGGCACCAUGUACUUCAUCACCGGAAAGUAGAUAAGGCUACAUACAGGCCUCUAUGUUACCUUUACCCUGACCAGGGUUCUUAUGUUGUUUGUAAUAGCUCUUUGUCAGAGUUUGCAGUAUUAGGCUUUGAACUGGGAUAUUCUAUGACAAAUCCGAAUGCCUUAGUUUGUUGGGAAGCUCAGUUUGGAGAUUUCAACAAUACUGCACAGUGCAUCAUAGACCAGUUUCUAUCAUCGGGUCAGGCAAAAUGGGUGCGACAGUCUGGACUAGUGAUGUUGCUACCUCACGGUCUUGAAGGGAUGGGGCCUGAGCAUUCCAGUGCUCGCCUUGAGAGGUUCCUGCAGAUGUCUUCUGAUGAUUCGGAUUAUUUCCCACCAGAAAGUGAAGAGUUUGGUGUUAGACAGUUACAUGAUAUCAACUGGAUUGUUGCAAACUGCUCAACACCAGCCAACUACUUCCACAUUCUCCGUCGGCAGAUAGCCCUUCCAUUUCGCAAGCCCCUCAUUUUGAUGACUCCAAAGUCACUUUUGCGUCAUCCUGAGGCCAGAUCAAGUUUUGAUGAAAUGACUGAAGAAACGCAAUUUCUCAGGGUCAUUCCAGAGAACGGGGCCCCUAGCAACAAUGCAGAUGCUGUCAAGAAAUUAAUAUUCUGCACAGGCAAAGUGUUCUAUGACUUGCGAAAAGCUCGUGAUGAGAGAGUUUUGACCAAUGACAUAGCCAUUACAAGGAUUGAACAGAUAUGCCCUUUCCCCUAUGACUUGGUGAAGAAUGAGUGUGCGAAGUAUCCAAAUGCACUUUUGUGCUGGGCUCAAGAGGAACACAAGAACCAAGGUCCAUGGACAUAUGUUCAGCCAAGAUUCAACACAGCAAUAAAUGGAACCAGGAAUAUUGUUUAUGCUGGGCGGCCUCCUUCUGCAUCUUCAGCAACUGGUAGUAGAGUCCUUCACCUUAGGGAACUUGCUGCUUUUCUUGAUGAGGCGAUGUCAAUUUGAACAGUCAUCCUAGUUCAUGUUUCCAUUUCAGUUAUUGGCAUUUCAUAUUGUACAUGCCAAUGGUUAGAAGGCUCGUAUCACCUGUACACUUUUUUACCAGCAAAUGUUUGAAGAUUUCCACCAGAUGUUAAGCACAUGCACUAUCUCAUUAGACUGGAGCUAUUGUCUUAGUUUUAGCAGUGUGUAAUUAAUCAUAUUUGCCCAGUUGUUAACCAGUGUGUUUCAUGUGACUGACUUUGUCAGCUUUGUGUGUUUGUGUGUGUGUGUGUGUGUGUGUGAGAGAGAGAGAGAGAGAGAGAGAGAGAGAGAGAGAGAGAGAGA